GGCUUCUACCCAGGUACGUGAACGGUUUUGAUGCUUGCUGCCACAUUCCGCAUCGCAAUCACGCAAGAUGCUCGGGAACAUACAUAAAAGACCUUCCACCCUCCCCCUUCAACAGCCCUUCAUUCUCUCAUUCACAACAACAAACAACAAACAAACCAAUCAAAUCUUUUCCUUUUUCUCUUUUAUUUCCUAUUUCUUCUUUCCUUACUGUUAUCACACAUUCUUUAGCGUACCAGCUAUCAGAACCAACUACAUUCUAAUCCAAUCACUUUAACCACCCAAAACCCCGAUCCAAUCAAAUAUCCAACCAAGAAAAAUGCAUUCUAAGUCGCUUCUCGUUGCUGCUUUCGCUGCCGCCGCUGCGGCCACUCCCAUGGGAACUGGCUCCAGCUGGCAAGCAAGCUCCUCCGGCAGCUCUGCCCCUUACCCAACCAGCACUGGAGGUUACUCGAUGACCACCAGCUACUACAGCGCGCCGACCUCGUACUCGAGCGCCGCUAGCUACAGCAGCGGCGGCAAGUACUCGGCCAGCGGCAGCUGGGGCUCCUCCAGCUCUGUUCUGGGCAACCCGACUGCCAGCCCCAACCCGGUGCCGACCGAGGGCACGAUCGCCAAGCUCCUGACCGAGGACAGCCGGGUCGCGCGCUUCAAGGAGAUCGAGUCCGAGAUCCAGUCCGGCAACAUCGCGCUCAAGUUCGACUUCAACCCUGCCGCCAACCCGGGCGUCGCUCCCGGCAAGGGCGGCCAAGUCGACCUGGCCAACCGCGCCAACUUCCCCGUGCUGACCGACCUGGGCAUCUCCGCCGCGGGCAUCUUCUUCCAGCCCUGCGGGCUCAACACCCCCCACAUCCACCCUGACGCGAGCGAGUUCUUCACCGUGGCCACCGGCAACAACUUCACCACGGGCUUCGUGCUCGAGAACGGCCUGGCCACCGAGUUCACCACCUCGCUCACCCAGUUCCAGGGCACCGUCUUCCCCAUGGGCUCCAUCCACUGGCAACAGAACAACGACUGCACCCCCGCGGUCGCCAUCGCCGGCCUGAACUCCGAGGACCCCGGCGCCAGCUCCAUCGCCCAGAACUUCCUCAUCAACACCGACCCGGCCAUCGUCGACGCCACCCUCGGCUUCCCCAAGCAGAUCGACGCCAACAACUUCGCCCAGUUCAAGGCCAACAUCCCUCCUCCCUUGGCUCUCGGUGUCGAGGAGUGCUUGAUCCGCUGCAAGAUCAGCUACUAAGCGGGUCGGUCCCCUCCUAAAAGGGGAUUGGCAGGACGAAGGGAGGAUAUGAUGGACGAGAAAAAGGGAGGUCCCGCUGGGGAUUUGGGGUUGUCAAUCUUUUUCCCGUGGGCAUAGCGACUGGCGUUUGUCUUUUCAACUCAUCAGCGAAAAUCACGUAGCAUACCUGCAUACCUGCAUACUAGCAUUAGAUAGCAUUUAUAUUUGAAAAUCGGGCUUAUCAUCCAGAGAAAAAAAAAACCCUAUUUCGCUCUUCCGUGCAAUACUUGCCAAACUGACAAACAAUGUCACUGAAC